GCACCUCGCCCGGAGGAGGCUGAGGAUGGGAGAGGGACAGACACCUACCUGCGGUCACACAGCGGCGGAACCUCCGGUGGGGUCUGGAACCCAAGGCCGCCGACUGACACACCCAAGGGACACCGCUGUCCCUGAGCAUCCCAAGGUCACACAACCAAGAGAAGCUGGCUUUGGACUGUCCUUUAGAAUUGGGCCUGGCAGGCUCGAGGUCCUGAGUUUGAUUCCUGGUAUAAAAAAAAAGAGGAAAUUGGAAAGCAUGGCCUCCCAGCCUCAGUCCUGGGCUCUCUGGCGCCAGAGCUGGGGCCAGCACGGGGCAGCAGGGCACUGGCCAUGGCCUCCCGCACCGGCCCACCUUUCCAGGGACGCUGAGAGCUUGCUGGAGUCGCAGCCGCCGGGAUCCUUCCUCAUCCGGGUCAGCCACAGCCACGUGGGCUACACGCUGUCCUACAGGGUGCAGGGCAGCUGCUGCCACGCCAUGGUGAUGCUGCUGGACGACGGCUGCCUGGUGCUGCGCGGGGAGGACUCGGCCCACACCUCGCUGGGCGCCCUGGUGGCCUUCUACCAGCGCAGGCCGCUGCGGCCGCACGGGCAGCUGCUCACGCGGGGCUGCGGGCAGAAGGACCCGGCCACCACGGACUACGAGGACCUGCUUCUCUGUGCCACCACCCUGGCCCAGGACGCUGCCGGCCCGGAGCCCGACCCCGAGGAGCAUCGGGGGCCCUGCUGGGGCCUGGAGAGCCCUCGGGAGGCCGCCCCGCCCCAUCCGCCAGAGGACAAGGAGGUGUCUGCGGAGCGAGAGACGGAGCCCGUGGAGCAGGUCGCCUCCCCCCAGCCCCCCAGGGGGUCUUUGCGGGGCGCCACUCAGAAACUCUGGCAAAACCUCAGGGCGCUGCCCGCAACGGGCAGGAGGGUCCAGCAGCGGCUGAAAGGCCACCUCGCGGCCGUGAGCCUGGCACCACUUUGGCCAUCGGCACCGACCCCCAACUCCAGGGCCAGGGUGGACAGUUGGGGACACAGGGCCCCCGGGGACCCUCACGUGGCCACGUCCCCGGGAAACCUUCCCCGGAGCCAGGCCAGGCCCAGGGACGCACGCUCCAGGAAAGCCACCAGGCCUGCCACCUGGAGCGGGGCCACCUCAGGGAACAGGGGCUGGUGCCGGAAGGUCACGAGGGCGCUGUCUGCCCAGCCGUCCGAGCCGAGGCCAGGGGACUGGCUCCCUGAGGAGUACCAGCAGCCGCCACCCUUCGCCCCCGGGUACUGCUAGGGGCUCACCCGGCCGGGACCCUCAGGCGGGGGCGGCCACGUCCCACACCUGUCCUCCAGGACCCCCAGGUGAGGGAAGGCGUCUGGGGUCUGAUCCCACCCGGGCCGAUGGCCGGCAUCACAGCAGCGGGUGGGGCCUGCUCUGUGCCUGGCCCAGCCUUCCUUGGUGGCUGCGACUUUGCCCCAUGCCCACAGUUCCCAACCACCGUGCGUGGAAAAUGGUCUUUUAUUUUUUCGUUUGUUUGGGGGUUUUUUGUUUGUUUUUUUCCGGUACCAGGAAUCAAACUCAUGACCUCGCACUUGCCAGGCAGGCGCUGUGCCGCUGAACUAAAUUCCCAGGCCCUGGAAAAUGGUCUUUUAACAACUGUAUGUAGGCUGGGCAUGGUGGUGUGUGUCUGUCAUCCCAGCACUCUGGAGGCUGAGGCAGGAGAAUCUCCCAGAGUUUGAGGCCAGCCUGAACUACAUAGCCAGACCCUGUCUCAAAAACCAAAAGCUGAAACUAAAAAUUGCACGUGUAUGGA